GUACCGACUAGAGAAGAUUUCAGAGAAAUCCAAUUCUAGUUGCAUCAUACACGUGAAAUAAAUAAGUUUCCGGUCUACGUAUUUAUAAUAAUCAAUUAUAUUAAUAAAUAAAUAAUUAAUCGCUCAAUUAAUUAAUAAAUUAAUUUGAAAAUCCAGUUACUGAAUUUUAAAAAAAUUUGAAAAAAAUGUUGGCGGCAUCAAAAUUAUUUUCUCGUUCAUUCUCACGCGUCGACACUAAAAGCCGACAUUUUACUACAAUCUUACGAAACUCGGCUGUGUCCUCGCUGAGUGCACGUGAACGUUACGAUGCUCAGUACAGAUACAAAUCAGAUGGAGUUAAAGGUGCCGUUAUUGGUAUCGAUUUGGGUACCACUUUUUCUUGUGUUGCUGUUAUGGAGGGCAAGCAAGCCAAAGUUAUUGAAAAUGCCGAAGGAUCUCGUACUACUCCAUCUUACGUCGCAUUUACAAAAGAGGGUGAACGAUUAGUUGGUAUGCCAGCUAAAAGACAAGCUGUUACUAAUUCAGCAAAUACAUUUUACGCCACAAAACGUUUGAUCGGUCGUAAAUUUGAUGACGCGGAAGUUAAAAAAGAGAUGAAAACAGUUUCUUAUAAAAUAGUUAAGGCAUCAAAUGGCGAUGCAUGGGUACAAGGAAGCGAUGGUAAAAUGUACUCACCAAGUCAAAUAGGUGCAUUCAUACUAAUGAAAAUGAAAGAAACAGCAGAAGCAUAUUUAAAUACUCCAGUUAAAAAUGCAGUAGUUACAGUACCGGCCUAUUUCAAUGACUCCCAACGUCAAGCAACGAAAGAUGCUGGACAAAUUUCUGGUUUGAAUGUACUACGUGUUAUUAAUGAACCAACUGCUGCUGCUCUAGCCUAUGGAAUGGACAAAACUGAAGACAAAAUAAUCGCAGUCUACGAUCUUGGUGGCGGUACCUUCGAUAUCUCGAUCCUGGAAAUUCAGAAGGGAGUUUUCGAAGUAAAAUCAACGAACGGUGACACCUUUUUGGGAGGUGAAGAUUUUGAUAACGCGAUAGUUAAUUUCUUGGCGUCCGAAUUUAAAAAAGACCAGGGAUUGGAUGUAACCAAAGACGCAAUGGCGAUGCAGAGAUUGAAAGAGGCAGCGGAGAAAGCAAAAAUCGAAUUAUCUAGCUCGCAACAAACUGACAUCAAUUUGCCAUACUUGACUAUGGACUCAAGUGGACCAAAACAUUUGAACCUCAAAUUGUCCCGCAGUAAAUUUGAAAGUCUUGUUGGUGAUUUGAUAAAACGCACGAUACAGCCAUGCCAGAAAGCGCUCACUGACGCGGAAGUAUCCAAGUCUGACAUUGGUGAAGUUUUAUUGGUCGGUGGUAUGACCCGGGUACCAAAAGUUCAGUCGACGGUACAGGAAAUCUUUGGUAGACAACCGUCACGAGCUGUUAACCCUGAUGAGGCUGUUGCUGUUGGUGCUGCGAUCCAAGGUGGAGUUUUGGCUGGUGACGUCACUGAUGUCUUGCUAUUGGAUGUUACUCCAUUGUCUUUAGGUAUCGAAACACUUGGUGGAGUAUUCACACGUUUGAUCUCCCGUAACACGACAAUUCCAACAAAGAAAUCCCAAGUAUUCUCAACGGCAGCUGACGGCCAAACUCAAGUUGAAAUAAAAGUCCACCAGGGCGAGCGUGAAAUGGCCAGUGACAAUAAAUUAUUGGGACAAUUUACUCUCGUUGGUAUUCCACCAGCACCACGUGGAGUUCCACAGAUCGAAGUGACGUUUGACAUCGACGCCAACGGUAUUGUCCACGUCUCUGCUCGCGACAAGGGCACGGGCAAAGAACAGCAGAUCGUUAUCCAAUCAAGCGGUGGACUGAGCAAAGAUGAAAUCGAAAAUAUGGUUAAGAAAGCCGAGCAGUAUGCCAAAGAAGAUCGUAUUAAGAAGGAACGUGUUGAGGCCGUUAAUCAAGCCGAGGGUAUUGUUCACGACACAGAAGCUAAAAUGGAAGAAUUCAAGGCACAAUUGCCCAGUGAGGAGUGCGAUAAAUUGCGUGAAUUGAUUAGUAAACUUAAGGAAAUGUUGGACAACAAGGACAACACUGACCCAGAAGAAAUUAAGAAACAAACUAAUGAAUUACAACAAGCCAGUUUGAAAUUAUUCGAGAUGGCAUACAAAAAGAUGGCAGCCGAGCGUGAAGGACAAAACCAAAACCAAGAUCAAUCGAGUGAAGGCGAACAGAAAAAAGAAGACAAAAACUAAAUUUAAUUAAUUAAUCAUCCUAUUAAUUAAUCGUAAUUCAUAGAAUUAUUGAUCAUAAUUUUUUUUUUUUUCUUUUUUUACAUUUCAUCACUGUUUCCGUUCCACUUUUUGUACUUGGAAAAAAAAUUUCUGUAGUUAAAUCCUUACAAGUAAUUUAUAAAAAAAUAAUUAAUAAUAAUCAUAUUAUUAAAGGCUAAUUAUUU